AUGUCAUCUACAUCGACGCCCAUCGUGCAGUAUGUUCUGCUCAGAAAAGAUCUUCAGAAGCAGUUCAAGUAUUCUUUGGGGUCGGUGAUAGCCCAAGCCUGUCACGCAUGUAUAGCUGCUAAUGAGCUCUACAAAAGUCAACCCGAAACCAUUGAGUAUCUCGCUAAUUAUCAGCAAAUGCACAAGGUGGUGCUACAGGUAGAAGACGAAAAAGCCUUGCUAGACGCCGAAGAAAUGCUCAAACAAAACAAUUUAGAUUACCACAAAUGGAUGGAGCACCCUGAAAUGCUGCAAACCAGUAUUGCCCUUAGACCGUACAGUAAAGUGAAGGUAGAACAAAUUAUGAAGAGUUUCAAAUUGUUCAGGUAA